CUGGCAAAAGAGGCCAAAGUGUAGGCACAAGCAAGAAUAUUGCCCAGUUCCUUGUUGGAUGUGUGAAAGAAUGGUGUCCCCUGAGGGAUGCUGUCAGAGGAAAAUACCCUCUGUUUGGGUUCACUUAUUCUAUGGGAUUCAGCAGCCCAGGCAGUUUUCUCACCCCAUUGCGUUCAUUUUCCCUUGCUCACUGCAGGUCACCUGAGGCGUGUGUUCAGAGGUGCCGAUCCUGAGAGCCCAGAACCAACAGCAGACUCUUCUCUGGCUCCCUCUGCUCCUGGAGAAGAGGCCAAAGAGGAGCAAAAUGACCACAAGCCUCCAGCAGUGGUCACACCCCAGCCUGAACAUUCAGAGCCUGUUGUUCUGGAGAAAGAGCAGGAGCAGAUUGAUUUGUCAGAGGGGCAAUGCCAGACUGAGGGAGAGCUGUUGCCAGCCCGAGAGCAGGAAGAGCAGCUUGGGCAGCAGGUGGAAGAGGCACUGGAGAAUGGCCAGAAUAUCAAGGCAGAGCCACAGGCAGAGUUGCCUGAAGCUCAGAGUGCCAUUGUGGCAGUGAAGGGAAGGCACCAGGAAGACAUGAGGAGCACCGAAGAGGAGAUGAGGCUCCAUCAGCAGAGAGGAGACCAACAAAACCGGGUGAGUGAAAGAGUGGCAGCCACUCCACUCAUUAAGCUGUCUCUCUCUUCUGCUUUACAGAACUUCAAGGAAAAGCUGCAGGCAGAGCUGCAGGAAGCUCGGGCUAGGAUCGAGGCAAGGGAGAAGAGGCUGGAGGAAGGAAUGAAAAUCAUCAAAGAGAAAACAAAUCACCUGAUUGAGGAGAUGGAGGUUCUAGACAAUCAAGUUGGAGUGUUGACAUCUCACCUGGCAGCCUCGGAAGGCUUCCAGCAAAUGACUGGUGAUGAAGAGACCCAAGGUCGACAUGAGGCACAGCAACUGUCCCAAGCAGAGAUACUGAAGGUUGAGCGUGUCUCAAAGAUGGUGGAGGAAAAGUGGACUCAGUGGGAGGAGAUCUACACAGGCUCUUCUAUUGAAUCUGCUGCAUCAUCAUCAUCAUCAUCAUCAGCAGCAGCAGCAGCAGACAGCAGCAGCAGCAGCAGCAGCAUCAUCUAAAGGAGCCUUGGUUCCCCAACCAGAGAAGUGGAGCCCGGGCUGUUCAUCCAUCUCCAGCACUGACACAGAUGCUGCUCAGCUACAGGACGACUUCCUGGAGCUUCUGAG